GUCAAUGUGUGAUUGUGCAGACUGCUGCGUCAAUUUGCUUCUAACCUAGGAGUUCUAGGCUGAUUUCCACGCCAUGUUCGUCGAGUGUGAAGGAACGCCGUACCAAAUCGGCUAUCAGCAUGGCCAAGCUGCCAAAUUACAGAUCAAUCGGACCAUUGAGUUUUAUGCAUGUCUGUUCCUGAAAAAUUGCAAGCAAAGAUGGCCACAGGUGCUAGAGCACGCCUCGGUAUUUGAGCAGCGAGCUAAAGCGCAAUGGCCCAUGUUUCACCAAGAGAUGCAGGGCAUUGCUGAUGGCUCCGGACGCGAUUUAUUAGACAUUGUGGCGUUAAAUGUCAGGACUGAGAUCAACUUUGGAUUGUUCAGCGAUGGAUGCACAGCGCUCUCAUGGCAUACCAGUGACCAUGCAUGGUUGGCGCAAAAUUGGGAUUGGAUGACGGAGCAGAAACAAAACCUCAUCAUUACCAAGAUAACUCAAGCCAACAAGCCCACAAUAGUCCAGGUCACCGAGGCAGGCAUCAUCGGAAAGAUUGGCUUCAAUAGCUGCGGCGUGGGCACUCUAUUCAACGCGAUAAAGGUAUACGGUGUAAAUUCUACUCGAAUGCCUGCCCACUUCGGCCUGCGCAUGGCCUUAGAGAGCAAAUCCGUGGAUGAAGCAGUCCAGGCCCUAGAAAAUUUCGGAAUGGCAUCUUCAGCCCACAUCCUCAUAGCCGACGCAAAGACAGCCGUUGGAGUGGAGUUUACCAAGAGUACAUUUGCUCGCUUGUCGCCAGACUCGACUGGAAAAAUCGUUCAUACGAACCAUCUCCUUCUUGAACACUCGGGCGAAACCGAUACAGUGUGGCUAAAAGAUUCGUUGACUCGGCUUCAAACCAUGACUGAAAAUGCUAGGGCUCUAGGCGAAGACCCCAACUGGGAACAAGUGGGUCAUUUGUUUGAAGAUGAGCAAAAUAAACCGGGUUCAAUAUGCAGGGUGGAGACAGAAGAGACUGGGAGCGGGACGCUUUUUAACAUUGUGAUGGAUUUAAAGCAUAAGAAAGCGGUCGUCAGGAUGGGUAGGCCAACAGAGGUAGAGGAGACGAUCAAUCUGGAACUCUGA